AUGGAGAGAAACACAUCCUCCGGGAACUGCACCGAUCCCCAGAUGUCCUUCCAGUCCACCCUGUAUGCAACCACAUACACCCUCAUAUUCAUCCCCGGCCUCCUGGCAAACAGCGCUGCCCUGUGGGUCUUGUGCCGCUUCAUCAGCAAGAAAAGCAAAGCCGUCAUCUUCAUGAUCAACCUGGCCGUGGCCGACCUGGCUCAUGUCCUCUCGCUGCCCUUACGGAUGUAUUACUACAUAAAUCACACCUGGCCCUUUGGAAGUUUUCUUUGCCAGGUGUGCUUCUACCUGAAGUAUCUCAACAUGUACGCCAGUAUUUGCUUCCUCACCUGCAUCAGCAUCCAGCGGUACCUCUUCCUCCUCCAUCCCUUCAAAGCCAAGGACUGGAAGCGGCGGUACGACGCAGCCAUCAGUGCUGCCGUCUGGCUCUUCGUCGGGGCGGCGUGCCUACCCCUGCUCAUAGUGCGGAGCCCAGCCUUGUCCAACAGCACGAACACGUGCUUCUCAGACCUGGGGGUGAAGCAGCUGAGCCCGGGAGCCUCCAUCGCACUGGUGACAGUGGCCGAGCUGUUUGGGUUUGUCAUCCCCUUCGGUAUCAUCGCCUGCUGCACUUGGAAGAUGUGGCAGUCCCUGCGGGAGUGUCCAACACAGCUACAAAACGCCAGUGAGAAGCAGAAGGCUUUGCGCAUGGUCUUGAUGUGCGCGGCCGUCUUCUUCAUCUGCUUUACCCCCUACCACAUCAACUUCCCUUUCUUCAUGAUGGUGAUAGAGAACAUCAUCCGGGACUGUGCCAUUCACAGGAGCACGCUCCGCUUCCACCCCAUCUCCCUCUGCCUGGCGAGCCUCAACUGCUGCCUGGAUCCAGUCCUUUACUACUUCAUGACCUCCGAGUUCCAGGACCAGCUGCUGCGCCACAGCUGUGCUGCUCUGCGCGCUCGGUUCCUGCGCCGUGGGAGCAGCCUCUCCGUCACCGAAACUGGUGACAACAUUCAUAUGAAGAAGAGAAAUCUUCCACGUCUCAAGUUUUGGUCUCUUCCUAAGUUCUUUGGUCGAAUAAACAGCAUGGAAAUCCCCCCAAUGCCGCCUGACGAGCUUCUGCUGGAGUCCAUCUCUUGA